AACACGGACGAUUUCUAGUUUCACUGGAAAAGACAGUAAACACGGUUCUCGCAAGCACUUUGGAAGUGAAUCCCAAAACUGCCAUCGUCACGUUCCUACCAGGACCAAGGGGUGGAAACAAAACUUUCCAAUUCAAAGUUUUGAUCCAAUGUGCGCGCCGGUCGGGAUCAAGUGUCUCUCCCCGCAGCCUCAAAUCUGAUUAGAAAGUUGAAGCGCGCCCUCUACCAAUCGAUAAUUUCCAAGCCGUUGGUGCAGGGCUCUGGUGAUCCAUAGACGUUGGGAGCCCCGACAGCUGACAGGACCACACGUGGUUUAGCCGCUGAAGCUAGCAGCACCACCGUGCAUCGCCUCAGUUCGUCUGUAGCCGGGCGUGUUUUGAGACUGCCUAACGCAUCGUGCCGUUGUGUGAGUGUGUUGCGUUGAAGAGCAGCCACGCAGGCCGAAUCGCCUACCGCGCCCGAUCCUCUCCAGUGACUGACCGCCAGGUAUACGGACUGCGGCACUGUCUGGCGGGGUAUUCUAUCCUUCGCGUCCGACCAACCACCGCUAUCAAAUCCUCACUAUUUACAAGCGGUUCGCCGACGAGGCGGCAGUGGAUUCGAGUGCCGGCGACGAGCCCUCGCCGUAUCGACGCGUUCACCGUCAGAGCCUGAACCAAACGCCGACUCCUCGGAUCCGCCAACUUCGCCGGGUUUGCUGUAGCCGUCGCCUGGUCCACUAAGAGCAACUGUCUGUCAUAUUUCGCCUGAUUCUUCAGUCUUGUUUGCGUCUUCGAGGGCUCCAGAUCUCAUGAGCGAUAUGUCGUUUCUUGCUUUGGAUUCCAACAGUUGGCAGGAGCGGUCUGAUCUGCUAUCCAGCCACCGACCAGGCUUCAGUGCCGCCUCGGUCGGGGCCACAUCGUCCUUCUCCCCGGCCACGCGUCUGUCACACACGCCGACCGCCACGGACUUCCAGCCGCCCUACUUCCCGCCGCCCUACAACAUUCCCCAGCCCCAGUCCCAGCUGGAUUUUCACCACCCCCACGUCAAUACGGACCCCUACGCCCACCUCAACCCCAUCCACCCGCAGGCCCAGCACCAGUACAUGCACCCCCAGCAGCGGUCGCAGCACAUGCUGCGCUCGGGCCGCGACGACACGGACCACUUGAACCUGCACCACCCCGGCAUGCAGCUUCCGCCCAGUCGUGACUAUUCCGGGGUACGGCGGCCCGAUGUCUUGGUCCACGGCGGGCCCCACGGACUCGGCCCUGAGCAGACGGACCUCGCAAUGUUGCACCAUCCUAGUGGAUUGCACGGAGUGGACGACACAACGAGAAGCCACACAUGCGGCAUUGACGUCAUCCGCACAGUUCCUUGGUUCAUGGAGACUUCCGAUUGUUACAAGGGAGCACACGAUGAUGGUUCCAACUAUAUACACGGCGAUCAUCAUUCAUCAGUUAUUAGAAAAGCAGGCAUUCGACAGAAGAACGAAAAUGGCAAGGACGGUCUGGUGUCCAAUGUCACCUCCCCGAACGACGUGUUCUGUACCGUGCCCGGCCGCCUCUCGCUUCUUUCCUCUACCUCCAAGUACAAAGUCACAGUCGCCGAGGUUCAGCGGCGGCUGUCGCCGCCCGAGUGUCUCAACGCUUCGCUUCUUGGAGGUGUGCUCAGGAGGGCAAAGUCUAAGAACGGAGGAAGAUAUCUGAGGGAAAGACUAGAAAAAAUUGGCUUGAAUCUCCCCGCUGGAAGGAGAAAAGCCGCUAAUGUUACUUUGUUUACGUCAUUAGUUGAAGGCGAAGCAAUACAUUUAGCCCGUGACUACGGUUAUCUCUGCGAGACCGAGUUCCCGGCCAGACAGAUCUCCGAGUACAUCGCCAGGCAACACAAUGAUCCCACUGAAGUUCCCACCAGAAGAAACAUGGUCCUAGCCACAAAGCAAGUCUUGAAGGAGCUGCAGGACGUCUUGUGCCAGGACCGCACCCCGAUCGGCAACACGAGGCCUCAGCCGAUCCUGGAGCCCUCCAUUCAGCGGUGCCUGACGCACUUCAGCCUCAUCUCGCACGGCUUCGGCACCCCGGCCCUCUCCGCCUCCAUGGCCACCCUCCAGAACGUGCUGACCGAGAUGCUUAAGUACAUGGACAAAGCAUUCCCCAACGUCACCCCGCACUCGGCCCAUUCCACGUCAGGAAGCAAGAUCGAUUCCAACUCCAACAAAACGAACGGCGAGAAGGCCGACGAGCCCCGCAACAAGGAGGUCGUAUGAGACGCCUUGUGAGAGAGACUAGCACAGCUGUAUUAGUCUCCGUACAAGACGGUAGACAAACGGAGAGAGAGAUUGAUCAGAGUUUUAAGAGUAAACUGCGCGUUCAGCUCUGGAGUACCGACUGCGACUUGUCUGUACCAUUAAAGGGUGGACUUCAGAUAUUUCCAAAUCUGAACUGCCAACAUCCAUGUUGGAUCCGGAAACGGAAAUGGUAAGAAAUCUACACAAUAUCUCACGCGACGUCACGAUGUCGUGAAUUCAGCUAGCGUGGCAUUUGGAUCUUUUUUUUUUAAUCACAAAUCUCCCGCCAAAACUUUAAUGGCGUCACGCAUCCGCAGACGUGUCAAUUGACGUCCAAGAUGGAUGACGUUCCCCGGGCAGAUGCACCAAAGACAAACAGUGUGUAUGGCUCAUGCUGCAAUUUCUCGUCGGAGAACUGAAAAACAAAAGGACGUGUUGCCAUAAUCUCUUGGAAGACUCUUCGUAAAUCUAGGAUCUUAUUUUUCCCACCGACUAAUUAUAAAAGCACCUUGGAAAUGACUCCCUUGGUGAAGAGAUGGCAAACAGUGCUAAUAUUGUGCAGUAUGCUCCCUGCUGAUAUGCCAUGUGUGUCUGCGUCUCAACCACUAAAAGUUGGACUUGUGUAGGUAGCGUACAUUGCUCGACAGCCUUCAAAGUGCACAUUAUAUCCUUGGUACAUACACCGAACAAGGCAACUCCGGUCUGUAAAAUCUUUCGUAAUGGUCGGAGGAGGUCGCAUUAUUUAUGCAUCGCUGGUGUACUCCGUAUGGGCUGUUUAUCCAAUCAAAAAAAGGUACUGGAUGACGCCAGUGUUGGUUCGGCCAAUCGGAUUAUUUUCGACAGUUGUCAGGACAUUUUGCUGAAACUUUAGGUAUAUUAGGCGUACCGAAGUACAGAGGAAUUUCUAGGCUGGCAAAGAGAACCUUUAUAUGGUAUAGUAGUUUUUAUAAGCAAGAGGCUUGUUUGAAAGUGUUGUUUCCUUUGUUUUAUAUCCUUAUAGAGUGUUUCAUUUUGUAUUUUAACAUUGCGAUUUGACAAUCAAGCAGGUGGAGUUUUGUGUACGCUAAGCAAGUAUUGUUGGGCGUAGUCUGAGGCUUUUGUUAAAAUUUAUACAAAACCUACUAAAUUUCGAAAGGUGCCAAGCAGAUCCACCCCUUUAGCGGUAAACGAAAUGCCAAAUGUAUAUCGAAAAUAUAUAUAUAACUCGUGGAGGGAAAAAAAAUGUGCUUGGUAAACUUUAGUGGAACAACGCGAAAAGAGUGGUGAGAGUGUUAAAAAAAGGCGCGCAUUUUGAUUCUGGAAGUAAGGUAAUUGCUGGACGCAGAUUUCUUUUCCAAAAGGUGUCCCACAAAAACAAGGCUGAAAGUAAAUACAGUACUGCCGUCAUUGCUUUAAUAUUUUCUUCCUCUAAUUGGACAAGAAGGCUUGAACGUAAAAGCUUAGGAACCGCUGAUUUUUAUUCAGCCAUUUUUUUUAACGGCUGUGUUGUGCACGUGCAAUGUUUCAGGUUGAAAUUGGUGGUUGUAAUGAGCCGAGUCUCACCUCGUCGUACUCACCACAAAACUGUUUUGAACGAUUUCUUUUGCUGUCUUUCAUUCGCGCCAAACAAAAAACAAAAAAACAAAAAACAAAAAAAGGGGUGAGGAUCUUCGGCUUAUAGUUAACUCCAGAUAAUUUUACCUGUUCCGAGUUCGAAUUAAUUUUUUUUUUCAAAAUACGCUGGCGCCCUGUCGGUCAAAUUUAAGAUUUGGAAAUUUACGCUGGUUACCGGUUCUUUUCAGUAAGUUACAUUCACCAGGUCUUUUUUAUUUCUGUGGGAAUGACAUAUAGCCAUCACAACUUUGGAAACUCUUCACUAAGGUCUGGACUUCAGCUGAUGCUGAUACGAAACGCCUCUACCAGACUCGUCCCCCGUCUUCUCGUUCGUGUUAAGUGUUGCCGUGUCGUAGAUUAGUAUCCUUUCCUUGCAACCAAUGGGUUUUAAGGAUGUCAAUGACGUGCGGCAGACGUAUGCCACGUCACUGCAUACGUCAGUGAUUUGCAUAAUACCCAGGUUUGGUUGAUUGUGACUAGAGAUGAACGGAGCUUUUCUGUGGCGGCUUCUGAUGAACUUAAAGGCAUUACCUUAAGAGUUUAACCAAUUAAUUGACAUGAAAGUGGCACGUAUCCUCUUGGUACCAUACCUUGUUUCGAUAACGGCAAUGACCUACCUUGCUUAAAUCUCAAUGGGUAAAAUGUGUUCGAAAGCAACUCAGCGUUUUUACCAAAACAUGGUGCAACGACUUUUUGUUUGGUUUUACGUAGGAUUUUAAGUGUUUGCUUUUAUAAUUGCUCUUUAAUUAAAGAGCUGUUAUUUAUCCCACCAAUUAACAAAGUUUUUAAGCUGUCUUCAGGUGACUUCUCGUUUGCCAAAUUGUUGCUUCCUACUUCUUGGUAAGAGCAGUAGGUUACUGUAAAGUCUUGUCAUAGGCGUAUUUUGUUUUUUAAAUCAUUUGUGCAACUGAUAGGUUUCCAGGGACCAUUGCCGCCAAAUGAAGUCGCUAGGGGGCGCUCUGGCUAUUAAACAAAUUCAAUGAGGUGUCAUGGCGGAUUUCGUUUUUUUUUCGUUAGCCGUGUGUAACUAGAGACACUGUUAUCAUCCGUCUUUAUCAGAGAAAUUGUAGAGGUAAGGUGUUUUUUCCUCUUUGUAUGAACAAUAUGACGAUUUCUGCCGCCUUCUUUUGAGGUAAAACCUUAAAAUGCCGCGCGAACUAGGCCUAAGUACUGUUUGAGAAAGGUACACCAGAAAUGCGGAAGCCAUUGCUACCGGUAUAAAAAGAGAAAUACAGAAUUCAUGGAUUAUUGUGUUGAACUGUACAGCUAAAUCUAGAAUAGGUUUUUCAAGCACACACAAAAGGGACUGAUGUGAAGAAAGCGCUGCGCUUUCGAAUCCAUGCAAUGUAUGAGUAAAAGGGGAAAAACAUUGCCAAAAACGAAUGCUUUGGAAUAUAACAAAACGAUCAUAAAGGUUAGUUCGUUUUUCAAAUCGAGAGAUUUUUGUAUUUUGUGUGAGUGACUGAGGUUGAGCCAGAUGUAUUAUGAAUAUUGUACUGUACGUAAUUAUUGUCUUUAGUUGAGUCAAUACUUAAUUUAUCCUAGACUAGCCUGUGCGGUCCAUUUAUAACUCACAAUGUACAAUCAGUAAUUACUUGGCAGGAGGACUAGGCAGGCUAGUCUAACAAUCACCCACCGCCAUUGUUUCGUAUGUAGCAAGCGGAAAGAUAACUGUAUAAAAACGAAGUGUUUUUUUUCCUCGGAAUUUUUCUUUCUUUCUCUAUACAUAUCUCUUCGAGUGCUACUCUCAGUCUUGAAUAUUAGGAAGAAAAAAAAAACGAUGGAACCUUUAUAGCGUCAUUGUUAAUAUGUGUAUCACGUGACUUGUAGUCAUUAAUGCCAGAAUGUUGUACAUGUAGAUACUUAUCAAGAUAUCGAUACUUAUUAAAGAUAUCGAUCAUUAAGUGUUCGGUUAUACUCGUCAAGGAAUCGAUUAAAAACGACAAUUGGAUGAUAAAAAGUGCAAAUAUUUCGAACGGGUUUCAUUCGGUUUUUAACGCUUGUUUCAAAAUACCCGCAGGGGAUUUGUUUCCAUUAUUUCUUUCACAAUGUGAUAAUCUCAAUAUCGGUCUCCUUUAUGAUUUUUUUUUCUCCUUAAACGCACUUCCUGAAACGGAUACAGGGUAUUUUUCUACUGAAACUUCUCUUCUUUGCGAUAUAUGCUUACUGUGCGAAUAUUCAGAGACCAUGAACUACCGUCUCUGUUAUUUUCGGAUCUUUUCAAUCCAGUUUAGAAAUGAAUGUAAAACAAGGCAAACAGAUCUUUUUUCACGACGGAAUUUCAUUUUUUGAGUGAGCAAGCAAAAUGUGGAAAUAUAACUGCAGACUACUUGAGCGGCUUGUACUUGUAAAAUUCCACGACUUCAAUUUUUACAGCACUGGAACUUAUCACUUUAAGAGACAGAGAAAAGUGAACAUCUGGCAAAUAACAUGUAGGUAGAGCUGUGUGGAAGGGUUAAUGAAACUCUAAUUUAAGAAUAAUUUAUUGACUUUAAAAAUAGAAUUACUGGAAAUUUCAAUUUUUUUCUUAGUAGGAUUCUGGUGGUGAAAUGCAAUCAAUGUACACAGAAAAAUGUGGGAAUUUUUUGGUUUGGGGGGAUUUUUUAUAUGUUAACAGUAAAUCUGUCCUUUAUGUUUUUGAUAAAAUCUGGACGAGUGAAGUAUAGGUUAUGUGAAAACAAAAGCUCAGAUGAAAUAUAACAAUAAAAAGAACGACUUAGUAUUGAA